AUGUCCUGCUCCCUGGUCAAAGCCCCGCCGUCACAUCAAUCUACGCUUGAAGGUUUCAACCGCUCGGGCGCGACACAAGCCGAGGUCUCUACAUCAAGCCAGCAGCACGGUCGAAACGUUGGAAGAGAGGUGGGUGGGAGUGCCAACGAGAGGUCGACGACAGAGUGGGAGACGCUGAUGAAGGAGCAGGAGACACUGACGAAGGAGCGGGAGACGCUGAUGAAGGAGCGCAAGGCAAAGCAGAGAGCUAUGGAAGAGGUAUCACAGCUGCGCCAUGAGCUGAAUGCCCUACGUCGAAACAUUGACGCACGGUAUGCCAAGAAGGAGAUGCAUGAGCAACAAACUGCGCAACUACAAGGCAGGAUCCAAAAGCUGCAGGAAGACCUCUUGACAGAGGAGAGGAAUACGUUGUCCUUACAGUUACGCAUCGACUGCGAGGUCGAUAAGCUCGAUGACAUCCUCUCUUCAAACUAUCUGAAAGAAUCAGAUCAUCGAGUCCAACAAAUGGUAAAAGAGAGUCACAGCGGGCUGAAAAAGAUUCUCCGUGAGAUCAAGGCAGCACGCCGAUCCGAUUCACGCGUCAUGCAAAACGUUUUGUCAAUGACAAAACGAGGAUUUCAGCCAGAUGAAGGGGGUGGAGAAGAUGAUGGAGAUGUGAUUCGGGGGUCUCAGCCGAAGCCGCAGUGUACCAGUAUUUGGGCGCAAUUUUGA